CUCCUCCGCCCCGCGCGCUGCCCCUGCGCCCCUCUCCGCUCGCGCCUCACUGUCCGCGCCGCGCCUCGGGCAGCCAGAGCGCGCCCCUCGCACCGCAGCGAGCGCCGCCCGCGGCAGCCCAGCCCAGCCCAGCCUUCCUCCUCCUCCACCUCCUCCUCCUCCUCCUCCUUCUCCUCCGCCACCGCCGGACACGCAGCCGCAGGCUGGGGCCCGGACGCAGCUGGGGAGGCAGGGACGAGCGCAGCUAGCCCUUCCCCCUCCGGCUCCCGCACCGCCGGCCGCCUCCCCUCGCCCUCCUCCUCUCCCCUCCCUGCUCCUUCGCUUCUUCUCCUCCUCCUUUCCCGGACCCGGCUGCCAGCACCAUGUCCGCAGGGGGAGAUUUUGGGAACCCACUGAGAAAAUUCAAGUUGGUGUUCCUGGGGGAGCAGAGCGUCGGGAAGACGUCUCUGAUCACGAGGUUCAUGUAUGACAGCUUCGACAACACGUACCAGGCAACCAUCGGAAUUGACUUCUUGUCCAAAACCAUGUACUUGGAGGAUCGUACGGUGCGACUGCAGCUCUGGGACACAGCGGGCCAGGAGCGGUUCCGCAGCCUGAUCCCCAGCUACAUCCGGGACUCCACGGUGGCCGUAGUGGUGUACGACAUCACAAACCUCAACUCCUUCCAGCAGACCUCUAAGUGGAUCGAUGAUGUCAGGACGGAGAGGGGCAGUGAUGUCAUCAUCAUGCUGGUGGGCAACAAGACGGACCUGGCUGACAAGAGGCAGAUAACCAUCGAGGAGGGGGAGCAGCGCGCCAAAGAGCUGAGCGUCAUGUUCAUCGAGACCAGCGCAAAGACGGGCUACAACGUGAAGCAGCUCUUCCGACGUGUGGCGUCGGCUCUACCUGGAAUGGAGAAUGUCCAGGAGAAAAGCAAAGAAGGGAUGAUCGACAUUAAGCUGGACAAACCCCAGGAGCCCCCAGCCAGUGAAGGCGGCUGCUCCUGCUAAUGCAGCCUGACCUGACGGCUUCCUCCGACACUACUCGCUUGUUGUGUUGCUUCCUAUUGGUUAGCUUCCUAAAGGGGGGUGGGGAAUGAGCUUAUCAAGAUGGGAGGAUUUUUCUUUUCUCUCUGUCUCUAGGAGUCGGGUGGGGUGGGGAGGGAGGCUGGGCAUCAGGGAUCACGUCACUCUUAACAGCUGUUACUUAAACAACUAUUUUUUGGUUUGGUUGUAAUAUAUUGUACUUUAUUAAGAUUGCCAAAAACUGUUGAAAUUUAAAAAAAAAAUUUAAAUCAUGUGUAUACAACUUUUUGCCAGAUAAAAAUGUAGUCAUUUUUAUUUGAAAGAUGUGCUUUUUUUGUUUUUGUAUAUUUGUAAACUUACAGAGAACCUUUUCCACACACCUCCUCCUUCCUGUCCUCUUUGAACUAUUCAUGACCUCUGCCCUCCUCCCACCCUGCAGCCCGAUGAACCAAAACAUUAACUGGGCCAUUUAAUUAGGCUCCAAUCCCGGACCAUCUGGCCCUGACCAACCAGGCCCCACCAACCAGGUCCACCCUGGUUAAACCAAACACUGAUUGAACAGAGCAGCCUCUGAGAAGGCAGUCCUGCCUCUGUCCUUCUUCUGUGGCCAGGGGGGGACAUCAGGUAUGGCCCCGAGCUGACCAGGUCUUGUGGACUGCAGGGAGCCCAGCAGCAGGCCCCACUGCAAUUACUUCUGCCUCUGCCUUCCCUACCUGAACAGCUUGAAGGCGGUGCAGGGCACUUGCCACGGGCAACCUUGUGUUCUCUGUGGUCUGCCCAGAGGGAGAGGUCAUUGGAAGGAAGGACGGGGUGGUGUUGGCAACUGUGGGCAGUGUCGAUGGGUGGUUGGUUCACAGACUUGGGGAACCAUGUGUACUUCUGAAAACGUUUUAACCAACCGGCCCAGCAUUCAGCACACAUAUCUGGAUUCAAUCCAGGGGAAGAGCUAAGAGAGAUGCCUUGUGUGCCCUCAGAGAGGGUUGUCCGCAGAACCACCACCUUGAAGAUGCAUGUCCUCGGGUUGCUAAUAUUGUGAGUGCUGUUCUGGAAAAGCUGACUCUGGCUGUGUUUGCCCCACCAGCACGGUGCAGUGGAAAUCUUUGGGCACAUACCAUUGUGGGUGUUGUACCCACACGCUGGUUGCCUGAGAGUAGGGCUGAGGUGGGGUCUCCACCAUCUUUGCCAUUUUUGACUCAUUUCUGAGAAGGGCUAAGUCUGAGGACCUAACAUCUCUGAAGAGAACGCUCUCUUCUCGCUAAGUGAUGUAACCCACUUUGGCCUGUAUUCCAAGUAGACCCAGACUCACCAACCCUGAGCCUGCACCAAGCCAGGCCAUGGACAGCAACUCGGGCCAUAAAACAAUUAACCCCGCCCUCUAAGCUGGCAUUGACUCUUCCUCCAGGCUGCUGUUGGGCACGUCACAGAUGAGCCAAAUGACCAUCUGGGGGGUGACGGGAGGUGAAUUCCUCCACAAAGCAGUGCUCAGACAGGUUAUUGCAGUGAAUUCUGGAACUUCUCAGAAACUAAUCUAAAAUGGCAGCGAGUGAGUGCAGCGAAACCCGGCAGCACUCUUGUCCGGUGGGGUGGGCGGGACACACUUCCAGCUAAGGAGACUGUGUCAGAGCUGAUCUUUACGGAGAAAUGUAUCUUCAGGUGAAGAAAAGAGGAAGCAGAAUUCCCGCUGAGCUCCUCUUCCUAGAGGCAAAGACCAACGUACGAACGUAAUUCCAGUGUCAUGUGUUUAGUUUUAUAUGUGUGUACAUAAUUAUAUAUAGAGAUAGACUUGUGUAUACACCUUCCACUCACGUUCUCACAGAGGUACAUGUGCUCAACGUAUAUUCUUGUUUUUCCUGCUCUCGAGUCGGAACUUGCAUUGUGAUAACAGUUUUGAAAAUUUCAAAAGUACUGCAACAUGUUGAAAUAAGAAGUACUUAAUAUUGUCAAAAAACUUGUGAUUGUCUUGCCAUCAAUAAAAUAACUACAUAGAUGUGUUAAACGACAGGCAAAAAUAGCCCACGGGAAUAUGUGCACCAUUUCUCCUUCUAUGUACUUAUAUGCACGGGUGUGCAUGCCACGCGGGCCAGCACCCCCCCACCACGGCACACCCCCAAGUGGUGCUUGUUGGAAGAGUACUUACUUACCUCGUGAGAAUUUAUAGGCGUCCCUGUGACAGCACGUGGCUGGGACGGCAGUGAGGCCAUUGCGGUGGCCUCUGGGGCAGCCUCAUUUGCAGGGAUCUGCACUGGGUCUCAGUGAAUGAAUGUACGGUGGGGUUUUAUUUUCUUGGUACUAAAGAGUAGCUUUUC